GUUUGAGGAAUGGUUCAGUGACUGCAGGAAAAAAUUGAUCAGUGCUUGGCCCAUUUGAAUUGGAAGAAAUGUAUGGGAAGAAGGGGAGAGAAUUAGUACAAGAAUUUGCAGAGAGCGAACCCGGGCAGCUUGCAGCUUUUAAUACUGACCUAGUUACACAAGUACUUGAAGAAUGUAACAGCCAUUUCCUGCACCUCAAUUCCUUGGUGAGGAAAAUGAAUGCAAAAACUCCUGCUGAAAGUUCAAGUGCAAACCGACCAACUCAGAACGACGCAGUUUCAAAUAACGAAUCACCUGAUGACAACGAGCCACCUGAGACUGAUAGAAGUUCCAAUGCAGAGCUCCCCAAAGAUGAUAAUUACCAUGGGCUGCUUAUCCAUCAUCAGUCUCUCACUCGCAACAAGCGCUGUCUGAUGGCUUAUGUAUAUAAUCGAGCAGAAGUUGUUCGAAGAUUGGGAUGGACCCUUGAGCGUGUCCUCCCAGAAGAAAUUGAAGAGAAGCUUAGUACCUCAGAGAAAGAAUAUUUUAAGAAUCAUGCUGGAACUAUCCAAUCAUACAUGUCAUCACUUGAUCUUGAUUUGGGGGUGGAUAUGGUGCCUCCAAAAGAUCCCUAUAUCAAGGUGAGGGUCCUUGAUGAUAUUGGUAAUGUGGUCCUCAGCGACCAAUUAGCCAACCUUGCUCGUCAUGCAAUUCUUUUCAUUAGGCGCACUGAUGCAGAGCAGUAUAUUUCUCAGGGCUUAAUGGAAGAACUCACGAGUUGAUUCUAAUGACUAUGAGUUACAAGCUGAUUCUGAUAAUCGUGCAUUGCUUUUACCCAAAACCAGCAGUGUCAGGGCAACUAAUUCUGAUAAUCUGCAGUUUGAGAAGGCAUUGGAGAAAUGGAGGGAAUCAUUGAGUCUGAUAUCAAAAAGGGUUUGUUGAUUUUACUGACAUCUAAACUAGAAGUUGAAUUGUAAUCUAGACUACAAAAAGUGAGUGUAUUCUGAGAGCUUAUUGCUCUUGGGUGAACAAAGAACACAAUUUACUUGUCCUGUAUAUUAUAAGUCUUCCCUGAAACAUGAUCUACAAG